AUGGACCGGAACAUUGUGAAGACAAUGAAUAAAAGUGGGUUCCAUCAACUUGUGGAACUGUACAACAUGCAGAAACAUCCUGAGGGAGGCUGGUUUAAAGAGUCCUUCAGGUCCUCCGUCCAUUUUCAGACUACAGAAGAUAUUAAAGACGGUACGGAGUCCGCCGCCGCCACAGUUUGUUACUACCUGCUUCCUGAGGAUGUGCUGUCUACCUGGCGUCGUCUGACGUCAGACGAAAUAUGGCUGCACCAAGAUGGCGGCUGUCUCAAGAUUCAUAUGAUUGACGCCAAUGGGGUCUACUCUACCGCUGUUCUUGGAAGCACGCUGGAGCACAGGGAAGCCAAGUAUGAAGUCCUCGUGCCCGCCGGGGUUUGGGGUGCAGCAGAAGUAAUGUACGGCGGCGAAUUUACGCUCAUAAGCUGUGUCGUCGCACCAGGUUUUGACUGGAAGGGUUUGGAGCUUGGCCAAGAAGAAGAGUUGGUGUCUUCCUUUCCACAUCUGGCCGCCGUCAUCAAGUCGUUUUGCAGACUUUAG